AUGCUGCUCAAUUACUUGCGGAGCGAGCCGAUUCAAGACGCUGGUCUCCCUGCGGGUGUCCUCAAUAUUGUUCAGCAUAGUAGAGACGAUGCCGAAGUAGUCGUGGAUGCCCUCAUAUCAGACAAUCGUAUCCGCAAGGUGAACUUCACUGGCAGUACAGCGGUAGGGAGAAUCAUUGCUGCCAAGGCUGCUCAGUACGGAAAACCGGCUCUCUUAGAGUUAGGCGGCAAAUGCCCCUUAAUUGUGCUGAAGGACGCUGAUUUAGACAAAGCUGCUCAGGCAGCAGCAUUUGGGGCCUUUGAACACCACGGUCAGAUAUGCAUGUCUACUGAACGGAUUAUUGUCGACGAAACAGUCGUUAACGACUUCGCCGCGAAGCUGUUUGACAUAGUUAAGAAAACUACCGUGCAUCCUGGUGCAUCCCCAUCGAACGUCUCCAAGGUUGCUUCUCUCGUCUCAGAUGCCUUAUCUCAGGACAUGAAGAUAUGGGGUAUGGAAACCUUUGGCCCAGUAGCCGUGUUGGUUGCUUUCAAAUCUGUCAAGGAGGCUAUAGAACUCGCCAACGACUCGGAAUAUGGCUUGUCCGCAAGCAUAUUUACGGCCGAUAUUGCAAAGGCUAUUGCUAUUGCCAAGCUGUUGGACAGCGGUGCAGUGCAUAUCAACUCGACAACAGUCCAUGACGAAGCCCAUAUGCCACAUGGUGGCACAAAGGCCAGUGGCUGGGGUAGGUUUGGUGUCCCGUGGGGCUUUGCUGAAUUUACUCAGAUCAAGACAAUUAGCAUACCAACCUACGAUGCUGAUGAGUUUCAACUUGUGAAGAAGAUUUAG